CCAAACCGAGCAGCAACAGCACUAUCACAACAACCGUUAUCAACGCAAAGGGAACGGCUACUGACACUGCAGAUCGGCCUGCAGAUCCGUUUUCUGAUAGAGAAAGACAAGCUUGAAUUUUUUUCGUCUGUCGGGGAGUCUGGAGGCCCGUCGACAUGGCUCUGAACCAGAACCACUCGGAGUCCGGCGGAGUCAUCAUCAACAACAGUGAAAGUGUGUUGAUGAACUACGAUAACGUGGAGCUGGUUUUCUGUGACGCAGACAGUCUGCCCGAAGCCUUCAGAAAGAGCAAGAAAGGCAGCAUCUACCUAACUCCAUACAGGGUGAUCUUUCUGGCCAAAGGUCGCGAUGCACUGCAGUCCUUCAUGAUGCCCUUCUAUCUAUUAAAGGGCUGUGAGAUCAAACAACCUGUACUGGGAGCCAAUUAUAUCAAGGGUACUGUCAACGCAGAGCCUGGAGGCGGCUGGGAGGGCAGUGCUACGUUCAAGCUCGUCUUUGCAGCUGGAGGAGCUAUCGAGUUUGGCCAGUACAUGCUGCAGGUGGCAGCUCAGGCAUCAAGAGGUCAGCCUGUGACCUCUGGCUUUGGCGGAUGCCCCUACAUGGCCAACGGUGCUUACGCUUACCCUCCUCCCCCUGCUAACGGGAUGUACCCUGCUGGACCUCCACCCGGCUAUUCCUACACCAACCCUCCUCCACCUGGUGGAUUCUACCCCAACCCUCCAGCGUUUGAUGCCUCUGCCGCCUACAUACCUCCGCCUCCUUAUUCUGCUCCUCUAGGCCAACAGCCCCCACAUGACCCAGACCUCCCCUCCUCAGCAGCAGCGGAGGCCAAAGCAGCCGAGGCAGCAGCGAGCGCCAGCUGUGCCACGCUGCCUCCGACACAUGUGUACCUGCCGCAGGACAAGCCUCCACCCUACUCCCCUCCAGAAGACAAGAAGAACCAGUAGACCUGCUUGAUCCCAACCUCCUCCCUCUCCUCCUCCUCCUCCUCCUCCACCUGUGACCCUCCUGGAUCACCUCGUUUCUCAUUCCAUUAACACGGGAACAUCAGGAAGGACAAAGUUUUCCUUUUUAACGUCAUUCCCUUUUUUCUCAUUCCCUCGCUUUCCCACCUCAGCAUAUACCUUCAACAUUCCCAUUAAUGAUUCAUAUAUGUAACCGGCUUCAGAAGCACCUUUACUUGAUGGGAGAUAGAGGUAUCCGUAGCAAUCUUUGAGAGAUUGUUGAGGCAAAAGUUGCAAGGAUUGUUUUUUUCAGUGUACUAAAACUUUGUAACCUGACUAGCUAUUUUAGCAUUCUUUGCCUUGCAAGUGUCCCAAAAAUCAUACCGCCACCCUAAAGUUUAGAUUCAGCGAUGUUGUGACUCAAUUCUAAUUUUCUAUGACUGUCUAUUAAACCCGGCUGAAUCUGACAGUAAUUAUUUGCUAUUCUAUCCAGAGGCGAGCUGAAUGCAGUAUUUUAUUUUUCUAUGAUUUGUGUGUACAGGCUUUUAAUAUGUAGACUUUUCAAAGUGAGAUAUUUUCUCAAGAACACUAACCUAGAGGUAAAAAAAAAAAAAACACUAGCUUUUGUAAAAGAGGAUUGCAGCGUGUGGGUCUGCUUGUUUCAGCGAAUGAGAGGACCACAAAGAUUAGAGCGGCGUAGAGCCCCCCGCAGCCAAUCCCUGAUCCUGGAUUAGAGCGGCGCGCGAGGGCGACCGCGGCCCGGAGGGGACGCACUGCCAGGAGGGAUUAUCUUCAUAAUGUGCAAAGAGCAGAGCCAGUGAUGUCACUUCCUGUUUUGUCAUGCCUCUGAACAUUCGAGAAAUGGUCACCGCCAGCCCGCUUCACCUCUCAUCCUUCUGAUGUACAUUUUAAACAGAAACUAACAAGGAUUUUCUCACUGUUUCUACUUUCUGUGGUUGUGAUCUUAACUCUCUAGUUUGAGGUCAGUCUUCAAAAUCUGAUCUGAGCACCUCAGUAUCUGAGCCUCGACUCUUCCUUCCUCUGUAGUCACUUAUCUAUAUACUGUAUCUGUGGCACAUCCGUGGCUGAUUCUUUGCACUUUCAGAAUGCUAUGCAUCGGGCUCCUGUUUGCUCUGUCAUGGCUGUGUGUAUAAUAAUAAUAAUGACAGUAAUAAAGCUCUCUGUAUGUAUUUCAAACUAAUUUAUUGAAUAAUUCAUGUAAAAUGGCUCAAGUCAGAAAACAAAGCAUGAUCUCAAUUGAUGCAUGUAUGCAUUGGAUUGGAUUUUAUUAAAUGGAUCUCGAUUGGUGUGAAACGGAGCUGUUUUUGUGUUUAUUUCUACAUGUCACACACUGAUGGGAAUUUGUACACGGCAUAGUGCAUUAGCAUAUUUAACAUGAACACGUUUCCAGAGUCAGCAGGAGGGGUCGUGUUUAAUGUCGUCGGGGCUAAAACAGUCUGGAAAUGUGCUUUUCCCUUCUCAGAGUCAGUGGUCGUCCUCUGCACGUCCGGACAACUUGUGCAAAUCCACAG